AUGCCGUCGCAGCCUACCAACGCGGGUAUCGUCACCGACGAGCAAGGCGAUCGCCAUAUUCCCGAGUCUGUCCGCGCAGACGGCAGCACGAGAAAAGCCAUCAAGAUCCGACCGGGCUACAGACCGCCCGAGGAUGUCGAGCUCUACAAGAACCGCACUGCCGAGACCUUCCGCAACCGGGGCAAGGGCCCAAUCCCUGGCACUGAGGGGUUAAAGGACGACAAGGCGGAGCAGUCGUCUGCAGCCAGCAACAAGAACGCAAAGAGGCGCGAGGCGAGGAAGAAGGCCAAGGCCGCGGCCGACACUUCAGAGGAUGCUGCCAAGAGCAACCCAGCCGGCGAUGCUGCUCCCACGGCGGAGGAGGUCGACCCAGAGGUCGAGCAGGAGAAGAAGGCUAGGAACCUCAAGAAGAAGCUGAAGCAGGCAAAGGAACUCCAAAGCAAGAAGGAGGGCGGAGAGACACUUCUUCCCGAACAGAUCGCAAAGGUCAUCAAAAUCAAUGAGCUGAUCCGGGAACUGGAUGCUCUUGGAUUCGACGCGGAGGGCGAGCGAAAAAGCACAUCUGCAACACCCGAAGCCGGCAAAGAGGUGUGA